AUGGAAGAUUUUACUAACAUAUCCGAAUGUAAAAGUAUCUCAGAGCUCGUCAAUAUUGAUAAUGAAGUAAACAACUCACAGCUAAAAAAAGUAGAAGAGAAGUUCGAUUCUAUUUAUGAUAAAACAAAAAGCGUCGAUAUCGACAAUUUCGAAGCGAUAGUAUCUGUUGAUAAGGUGAAUAAAACAGCUGUCAUUACUCCGGUUGUAAGGAAAAAGCAUAUAGUUGAUUAUGAUUCUAGUGAAAGUGAAACGGAGGAGGAGAAAACUUCUGAAGCACAAACAACUAGUUCUAAACUUGCACCAAAAACGCCAAAGUUAAAAAGGCAAAGGGCCGCUACUCCUCAUGCAAAGAAAUUACUUAGUCUGAUGAAGCAAAAAGUUGUAGAAGAGUAUGAAGAAACGGUCAAUGAUGAUGAUUAUGAUGGUUCCCCUGUUACUACAAAAACAACUCCAUCCCGUAGUGAGAAUUCUGGUGUUCCAGACAAUCAGAAAGAGAUGACCACGCCAACUUCUCACAUUCCACAUAAUUUGUUAAAACUCGCACAAAUAGUCACUACGAGCACUCCUACGCAUCCUGUGGUGGGAGGUUGGUCUAUUUUUCCGGAACAGAGUGCCGAUUCUCCUCUCUCUGAAAUCGAGAAUACUGAGAGUCCCGCACAAAGUAUUGGUAACGAGCCAUCCAAAUCCGAGAACAUAGCUCCAAAACUAAAAAGUAUCAUAGUGUCUGGCAGUCGUAUAAGAUUAGGUAGCCAAGAUAGCUCAGAAAAGCACGUCACAUUCCAAGAAUCGGUCAAUAACACCGACGUUUCGUCAGUUAAAAUAAAGAAAGUCAAAUUCGCUGAGGAUACCAUUUUUGAACAGGAGAACAAAGCAAAAAGAGUAUACAGAAAACCAAAACGCAUGCUCACCCCAGGCCCUCAGAGGCCUCGAUUUUGUCUUAAUCCCCGGUUCCAAGCGCUCGUCAAUCGAUUCGAGAAUCAAGGCCAAACGGUCGCACGGACGCCGGUUCAUAAUAAAGAAAAAACGCCUGAAAGCACACCGGCCAUUGGCGAGCCAACGCACAUGCCAGCCCGAGCAAUAAUCUUCAAUGAAGAAAGCCUUGUCGUGGACACAGGGAACUACUCAAAAGAAUCAAAUGAAUUAUUCAAGACGUGCAGCGAUUCUCCGACCAGCUCGGCAGGAGUCAAUACAGCCCUGUCUGCACUUACGACCAAUAUAGCUGGUUCGCUGCAAAACUGCUUGGCAUCUGUUCUUAAAUCGUCUGGGGAAGACACCGAGAUACAGUUCCAAUUUGUAAUUACAAAAAAGACGAUGAGCGUGAAGCGAAUCGUUGAAGAAGGUGCUAGUUUGGAAGAGAAAUGCAAUGAAAUCGAAAAACAUUAUGAGGCAAAUAAAGAAAACAUUUGGUCGAGUGUAGCGAAGGCCGUCAAAAAUGUGUUUUGGGGUGACCAAGAUACUGCUACCACACCAUUCCGCUCAAGCAACAACGAUUCGGACUCAUCUUCAGCAUCGAAGCGCAAGUGUAACGAGAUGACAGACCCUGAGCUAAGCCCAUUGAACCACAAGCGGCAUAGAUAUGACGGCAGGAUCAGGGGACGUCCACCACUACGCAGGAGUAAGACCUGGGGAGUCUCGAAUCUGAGGAGUUCGCAGUCGGCUGAACAGCAGUCCUUGUUGAAAGAGGUGUCUGUUGGACAAGAUGACGCUAUGAAUCAAAGCUUCUGAAAAAGGCUGUGUUAUUUUUUUAAUAAUUUAUAAUAAUCAAUCGCAAUACACACUAGAUCUUGGUUCUUGGGUCCAGGAUGAGUUUGAUUGUUGAUCUUUUUAUGGAUUUAAAAUGUCAUCGUGUAUAAUUACGAGUAUGUUCUAAUACGCUAAUUUGGCAGAAUAAAGACUUGAUGUUUUGUGUCAAAUUUAUUAUGAGUUUAAAGACGUCUGUGAUAAAAAAUGAUAAAUGAAUUUAAUUAUUUUUUGAAAAUGAAAUAAAUAAGUACAUAACUACACUCGGCAUCAAAUAAAUCGCACCUCCCGCGACAAGCACUUAUCAAACGUAUGCAUCCCCACUUCCCACCAACAUUGGUACCAUUUGAAAGCCUAGUUCUAAACUUCAUUUCAUUAAAGGAAAGGUUUUUACCCCAAAAAUGUGUCUUUACAAGGAUCCAGAGUCACUUCUUCAAAAAAUAGGUAGUUACGCUAUAGGCAUUUUUUAUGACUAUAAAACUGUUAAGUUGGGAUUAAUCGCUAUCCAUCUGUUAAAGAGGACACGUGAGAUCUUUAUUUGGUUUCAUAACCAUAAAAAUUGGUCUAAUUGAUCCCAGAGGUGAGCCCAAAGUGAGGUCUAUUUUCAAGUCACAUUUAUGGUAUAUGUUAAUCAUUGAUUAAUAAAUUGAAUGUGUUUUUCUUUAACGAUAUUUAUUGGGCUUUCAAAUAACACCAAUAUUGUUGGGGCACCAUGAUUAUGUCAGAAGAAAAUCUUUAAAGUCCGCGUCGCGGAAGGUGCGAUUUAUUUGAUGUUGAGUAUAGUUAAUCAUUUAUUUAGAAAUGAAAUGUAUUUGUCUUUAAGGAUAUUUAUUGGGCUUUCAAAUUACACCAAUAUUGUUGGGGUACCAUGAUUGUGUCAGAAGAAAAUCUUUAAAGUUCGCGUCGCGGAAGGUGCGGUUUAUUUGAUUGUUUAGUGUAGUUUAAUAAAUAAUUUGUAAAUGUGUAAGAUUUGUAUUUGAAUUAUUGCAUACAUAAUCGACUUAAGUGACUUUUUAGUAAGAGUUUUACAAUAAAUCCUGUGUACAACUACAUUCAGUCCAACGCUCGGUGAUAAUUACUUUUGCAUACGAUUCCAUCACACGUUUUAUUUUAAAUUACAAUUGACAGUUUUAACGUUAUUUUCAAGGCAAUGCCAAUGGUUA